AGACAAGCUGCUGGCGUGUUGGGUAACGCCGGGUUACGUGACCGUGUUGGACUGUAGAGAGAGGGGCGGCACCAAACACACUGUUGGAAGUGGGCUACACAUGGUAAGGACGACCUAAGUAAGGGAAAGGAUCGCGUGAAGGAAUGAUGGCCUUAUCCACACGUACUCUUCGCCUCACCUCAAGGCUCUGGGGUGCAUGCCACUCUGCACACCAGCCCUACACCAGCUCCGGUCAUCCAGUACUCAGAGGGGCUUGCCUGCCCCUUCCCCUGCAGCAACCAGUGGCUCCAUCAUGUGUGUGGACAGCUACUACACCUGCUACAUGCACACCACAUCACCACCACCACCACCUCUGUGUUACUGACCCAGUUCCAAGAAGGUCCCUCACCACUACCAUGCUGAUGUCACGAGAAGAGCCAGGUAGAAUCAAGAAUUUCAUCAAGAAAAUGGGUUGGCUGGAUCACUCCAAGGGUAAGCUGAAGAGAACAGGAUUUGAGCUGUAUGAAAGUGCUUGUGCAAACAUUAUGACAACAGAUUUUUUCAAAGUUUUUGAUCUGCCUGACACCUUCUACUCAUGGUUCUUGUUGGUGGAGCUACACGUGUGGAUGCUGAUGGUGCGCCUGAUGGCUGAGGGGGAGGAGGGAAGGUUCGCACGUAAUGCCAUGCUGGAGGCAAUGUGGCUAGACUGUGAGACCAGGUCCAAGAAAUUAGGGAUGUCCUCCCUGAGCAUUCGCCAGCAACAGAUACAAAUGCUUGGGUCUUCAUUCCAAGCAACAAUAUUCAGUUAUGAUGAAGGCCUCAUGACCAAUGACUGUGUGCUUGCCUCUGCAUUGUGGCGUCGUCUAUUUUCCAAGGAGUGCAGUGAUCCUGAGAGAUUAGAAUGUUGCAUAAACUUUAUCAGGAGACAGAUGGCCGUGCUGGAUGGAAUGACUCGAGAUGAGCUGCUGCUGGAGACCAAAGUAACUUGGGUGCCCAUCUUGGAAGAUGCACCUGGAAAUGUGACUUUCAAGAAUAUAAGGGCUUUUCUAUAGCAGUAGUUUUCUUGAUUAUUUGUUCAUAUGGUUGUCUAUUUAUUGAUUCCAUACUAGACAUGUUGUUGCUGUCAUCAUCAGCUUAUACAAGUCCACUGAAAGACAGAGGCCUCUCCCAGUUAUUUAUGGGCAAGAUUAAUCCAUAUACCAUGCAACACUGGAUCAAUGAGUCUUGGGAUGUUGAGUUACAAGGCUAUAACUCUGUGACUUCCUCUCAGUCCUACACUCUGUUGGGUGAGCAAGCAGCACAGUAUGAGUCAAGACAAGCUCUCCAACCUGUUGGGGAUUUGAUUCCAUGCUCUAUCAGAUUGUGAGCCAAGCAUGCUUCUCAUUACACCAUCAGACAACAUGUGGUAUUGUGUGCUCCAUGUAUACAUUUUAAAUUCUGUUAUUAACAAGAAAGAUCAGAUAUGUACAGGAUGCUCUUGACUUUACUUAUACCUUUGAUAGUCAUCAUUGAUGGUUUUGGCAUCAGGAAUGCAUCAUGCUGUGUCUUGUCUAUUCUUUUGCUGUUUUUUUUUUUUUUUUUUUUUAUUCCUUAAGCCCAUAGUGUGCUGUACCAUUUAUACAUGUCAGUGAAUGUAUUCAUGCACAAAUUAGUCCUUGCACUCUUCAGAUUUGUAAGACUGAUUAUUUUAAGCAUUGUGCAUGUCACAAUUGCUGGUCCAUGCUCCUGAGAUACCCAGAGUGACAAUGCUGACUGUUGAGAGAGAUUCAGGGGGAGAGAGUGUGAGAACUGUAUUUUUGAAACCAGUGACAACAAAAUAGGCAUUAAAAAAGCAGUCCUUCUAAGAAACAUCUAUGACAAAAAUGUAAGUACAGUUUGUCUUGGAAUUGUACAAAUUUUUAUAAUAAAACUGUACAUAUAUUGUUA